AUGUCCUUACAAGAAGAGGGUAUUCCAGAGAAAGUGAUCAUUGAUCAAGAUUGGAUCGAGGAACCGGAAGGGGCCUUGUCAUGGUUUAGUGUUAUUGGCAAGCUACUGUCAAAGAAACGACCAAACUUGGAAGCGAUCAAGAUGGUGCUGAGCAAGGCCUGGAGAGUGGAAUCAGGCUUCCAAGUGAAGGAGGUAUGUCCUUUUUGGCUUCGAAUUUAUGGUCUUCCUAUUAACAUGAUGAAUGAAAAAAUUGGUAUUGCGGUUGGGGAGGCAGUCGGUCCCGUUCUUGAAUUUGAUGAGGAUUGGGGUCGAUAUUUAAGGAUUCGGAUUCAGAUGAAUUUAAGUCAAUCCCUCAAGGCUGGUACCAUAGUUUAUGCUCCUUCUGAUGAACUGUAUGUUGAUUUUCGAUAUGAAAAAUUGCUUGAUUAUUGCUGGAUUUGUGGUUUACUGGAUCAUAUUGAUAAUGAUUGUCUGGUGGCAGUCUCUUUGAGGAAGAAUCACCUGUCUGUGAAAAAGAAGUAUACUUGCAGUCUCAAAGCUGAAUUUCCUCCUCCUAUCCCGGGGAAGGAAGCUGGUUCAAGUCAAAGAAGAGGGGGUUCGGGCACUUCUUUAUCCCCUGUACUAAGGGGUAGCCGAGAUGUGAAUCUCCCAGGAGCGUCGGGAAGCCGAUCGGUUCCUUCAAAGUCUAUUCCCGGUGGUGGGGUGCCGGAGCGCAACCAUGUUGACAACUUGGCCCUGUACAGUAAUCGGACGGCGCGUGCUCUUCAGUUUGAUGAACCCUCAUGUGAGAUAAUUUCUCGCAUGAAUGGGAAUCCAGUUAGACAUCCACCGAUUUUGAAGGGAAGUUAUGGCAAUAAUGGGCAACGUGGAGGAUGGGAAAACAGUUUUUCUGUUGAGCCCGUGAGAAUGGGGAUUUUAAGGAAUUUGGGAGCGCAUCUUCAGGAGCAGUUAAUAGUCGAAGGUGGUGGCGAGAAUCGUGGUGUUGAAGAGAACGAUGUGGAGAGUUCAAACAACCCUGAUGAGUUUAUUCUACUUAACACUAAUUUGGGCCGUAGGUCUGCUACUGGGCUUAAUUUUAUGGGGGCAAAAUCUAUUCCAGGGGUUGGGCUUGUUUCUACUGACCCAGGUGAUAUUGCUGGUGGAUCGAGAGGCAUGGGUAUGCAAAAUAAUUUUCAGAGGGACUUUGUUUCUAAAGCUGCUUCUACUGGUCCUGAUUACCGUACAAAAUCUGUGGCUGCUGAGGAGAUUUACGAAUCCUAUGAUCCAGAUUCGCCAUUUGUGUUUGGGGCAGGAGUGUCGGGGGCUAGGAAAAUUAGAAAGUGGAAGAAAACAGCGCGGUCAAUUCCUUCUGGCUCUGCUGAUUUGCUAUGCCACGAGACGUUGGGAAGUGUAGGGCAGAAGAGGGCUACAUGUUAUACUGGUGUUUAUCUCUAUUCUAUGGGAGGCAAGGUGAAAAGGUUCAGAGAAGCUGUUAUGGAGGUGCCGGAUGCUGAAGAGUCUCGGGAUGAUGAUCUGACUCGGGCCAUCAUAGGAAUGUUGAUCCGAAUGUUGAUGUUAGGUAGAUCAGGAGGUCUUGCUUUGUUAUGGAUGGCUAGUGAUUGUAUUUCCUUAUUAUCCUAUUCUUUCUACCAUAUUGAUGUUGCUAUAGGUUCGGAUAUUGCAUCUAGAUGGCGAUUUACUGGUUUUUAUGAAAAAGAUGGGGGUAAUUUGAGGCCUGCUAGUCAAAUGAACCUUUUUAAUGAAGUCAUCCUUGAUUGCAAUUUUCGUGAGUUGCCUGUGCAAGGACCAUUAAUGACUUGGUCCCGUAAGCAAAAUGGGGAGCUGGUGUUCGAGCGAUUGGAUCGUAGUAUGGCUACUCCGGAUUGGUGGGAGCGAUUUGGAUUUUCUGUGGAAAGACACCUUAUUACUUCAAAAUCCGAUCACUUGCCGUUACUAGUCUUCAUUUCAGAUCGAAGCGUAUUGACUAGGCAUCGGAGGAGAACUUUCAAGUAUGAACAAAUGUGGGGCACACAUGAGUCUUUUGAUUCGGUGAUCAAGCAAGCUUGGCCGAAUGGAGAUAUGGGCAUUGUGGAUAAGAUCAGUACAUGUAGCAAGGAGUUGGAUAAUUGGAAUAAGACACAUUUUGGUAACUUGCAGCAUAAUAUCAAGUUGAAAAAAAAUGAGUUUGAUAAGUUAUACUCUUUGGGUCGUCGGGGUAAUCAAAAUGAAUUUUCCAAGUGCAAAUUGGAACUUGAAGACUUGUUGCAUCAGGAAGAAUUACUUUGGAGGCAAAGAUCGAAAAUUCAUUGGUUGAAAGAUGGGGAUAAGAAUACUGAAUUUUUUCAUGCAGUAGCUUCAUCUCGCAAGAACAAGAAGGCCAUUGAUAGUAUAGAGGAUAGCAGUGGUGCUGUUUGUGAGGAUCCGAUUGGAAUUGCAAACAUCUUUACUGAGUAUUUCAAAGAAAUCUUCACUUCCUCUAACCCAAGUCAUACCGAUAUUCAAGCUGUUUUGAAUCACUUGGAGGGUCGGAUUGAUGAUGAUAUGAGAUUGCAUUUAGAGGCAGAGUAUACAGCUAAAGAAGUUAAGCAAGCUGUGUUCCAAAUGUCGGGCUCGAAAGCUCUAGGCCCGGAUGGAAUGUCUCUUGCUUUCUUCCAAAGGUGUUGGCAGGGAGAGAUCUUUUAUCCGACGAGGGGAAUAAGGCAAGGUGAUCCUUUGUCACCCUACUUGUUUCUCUUAUGUAUGGAAGGGUUAUCAUCUUUAAUUUCAGCUGCAAGUAGGUCAGGAUCGAUCCAUGGGAUUUCUAUCUCUAGGUCUGUACCAAGAGUUUCCCAUUUGUUCUUCUCAGAUGACAACAUUUUAUUCUUGCAAGCUUCAAAGACUGAGUGUGAUGCAGUGAUUUCGUUGCUUAAUUUAUUUGAGAAGGCAUCGGGUCAAAAAAUAAAUAUUGACAAAUCCUCAAUCCUUUUUAGUGCAAACACACCGGCAAGUCUUCAAUCUGAGAUUAUGAGCUAUCUUGGAAUCCAAAAAGUGCUGGACAGGGACAAAUACUUAGGUCUUCCUAUCAUGGUGGGACGUUCUAAAACGAGAGAAUUCCAAUUUCUUAAAGAUCGAUUGAAGAAAAGGAUUACUAGCUGGAAUUCGAGAUUGUUUUCGAGAGCAGGUAAGGCUGUAAUGAUCCAAUCAGUUGCUCAAGCGAUCCCUGUCUAUCUUAUGAGUGUUUUUCAAUUCCCCAAAUCAUUCGUCCAAGAGCUGAAUUCCUUAAUUGCUGGCUACUGGUGGGGUGAUACUAUGGCAAAAAAGAAAAUUCACUGGAAAAAUUGGGAAGCAAUGUGUAGUUCUAAACUUGAAGGGGGUUUGGGGUUCCGAGAUUUUGAAGCUUUCAAUCUGAGUUUAUUAGCUAAACAAGGUCGCAAGGUCAUUAUAGUUGGGUCCAGGUUUCGAGUGGGAGAGGGGAACUUGGACAUUUGGAAAGAUAGAUGGGUUGCUAAUCCACCGUCUUUUCGUCCUACUCCUCGGGAUGAAAAUAUUAAGCCAGAACUGAAGGUGCGAGAUUUAAUUGAUGUUGAUAAUCGAAUGUGGAGAAUUGAGACUGUUCUAGACCUAUUUGAGGAAGAGGAUGCCUAUCGUAUAUUGGCUUUGCUGAUUCCUAGGCACCCAACUCGUGAUCUAUUAAUAUGGAAUGGCACUUGUUUGGGUGAAUUCUUGGUGAAAUCAGCUUAUUAUGUAGCCAGGGAGGUGCUUCAAAGAUCAAAUUUACUACAAGGACCUGCGCAUCAAACUUGGAAAUUAGUGUGGUCAUCACAGGUUCUACCAAAGAUCCAUUUUUUUGGUUGGCGUUUCAUAUGGAAUAUUCUACCUACUAAGUGUAAUCUCCUUUCUAGAGGUUUGAAUGUGCCACAAAACUGUGAGGUUUGCGGAGACCAGGUAGAGUCAGUAUUCCAUGUCUUUUUUUAUUGCAAGUUUAGUGAGUUGGUUUGGGAUCAGAUUGGUCCUUGGGUGCAGCCGAGUCUCGACCAAUGGGACUCUGAUAGAAAUUUCUGGGAUUUUUUCAUCGAGAAAGCGGCUUCAAUUGGACAAAUCGACAGAGUGCUGGUCACUUUGUGGCUUAUUUGGAACAAUAGAAACAAGGCGCUCUAUGAGUUGGUCUCGUUGUCACCAUCAGCACUGCAUUUUUCGGUGUCUUAUAUUUUGGAGCAAUUGCGUUCGAAUAAUAGGAGGAGAUACCAGAUUUCGUUUCUUCCAAAUCAGCAACUUAAUUGGAUUCCACCUCCUUUUGGGGUUUUUAAGAUUAAUACAAAUGCGGCCUUUUGCAGCGGAACAGGUGAAGCGGGGUUGGGAGUAGUCAUUCGAGAUAGUGAGGAACGGAUCAUCUUAACGGUAUCUCGUUGUCUCAAUUUUAUAGCUGACUCCCUGCAUGCUGGAAUACAUGCUAUUCUCUUUAGAUUUGAAUUGGCAAUUGAGCAUGGUAUUGACCUCGGCAUAUUUGAAAGCGAUUCGUUGUUGGCAGUUAAUCUGAUUAAUAAGACUGGUCCUGUCUUUUGGGAAGGAGGCCUUCUUAUUGAUGAAAUUAGGGACUUAGCUACCUUAUUUAAUGCAUGUAAUUUGCAAUUUGUUCAUAGGGAAGCUAAUACUUUGGCACAUGAUCUUGCUAAUUUACGGCAGGAUGUUGUAUGGUGCGGGAUAAUACCUCCUGGCGUUUUGUAA